AUGUCUACUGGAGAGCCUACAAAGAGGCAAAAGAUAGAAAGUAAAGAUCCAAUCGAGUCUUCAAAUAUAUUCUUUAUAUAAAAACUUACUCCCCUAUCCUUAAAGAGCCUAUAACCCAUUCUACUAAGAUAGAAGUUUAAAAAAAAUAUGAACAAAUAUUGCGAAUAAAUUUUAAUAACCUAAAAUUAUUUAUAUUAUUAAUUUUUUCUUGUAAAAUAUGAUUGCACAGAGCCAGAGAUAUAGUAUGAAAUAUUAGCAGAAAUGCAAGUAACCACAUAGAAGCAAUUGCAUAGUAUAAUCUCUGAGAUUGGCCACUAUCAAAUAUAGGUAGCUCGAUUUGAGGCAGGGUAAUGAGCAUAUUUUAUGCUUGAUUAUAUAAAAAUCGUUCGAUUAAGAAUGGCACUAUAAUUCCAAAUCUUUACAAUGGUAUAUUCGAUCAUGGAUGGGGGGUUAGUAUUUUACUAACGUAACGUUUCGCCCUCUUUUUAAUAUAAAAUACGUCACUAAUUUUGCAAAUAAAGCAUUGAUUUUCUAUAUACUUAAAAAUAUCUUUAAAAAAUCUUUCUCAGAAUACUAAAUUAGCUGAAUCUGCUGAGCUGGCUAGACUUUCUCAAGAAAACGCAAGAUUGAGUAGCGAGAAUAACAAGCUGAAUGACUAUAUCUCAAAGCACAAUAGCUCUUGGAAAAAACUGGUUAGAGAUAUAAACGCACUAUGUCAAGCUUAUUCCUAUGAAAAGUGUAAUAUCGAGUUAGUUGAUGGCAGCAGCCCAUUUUCCUUCUUAAUUCAAGACGAAGAAGGGCUUAGUCAGAUGUCUGAACUCACUAGAGGUGGGUUUCGGCAGCUCCUAGGCGUCAUUUCCAAGCUGAAAAGUGGAAUCCCUCAAGACGAAAUUGGCAAGAAAAACAGUGAAUUGACUGAUUCGUACGUAAAAGUGAGUUUUAUAUAGGCUUGUUCCGACAUCAGUGAAUAUCAGCGAGAAAUUCAGCGUCUAAAAGACUUUAGCUUUAAGAAAUAUAGAUGCAUAGUGUCCCGCUUAACGUAACUAUGAGGUAGCAGCAACAGAGCUUCCCUGUUUUUUAUACAUAACGGACCCACAGGCUGCUGAAGGCUUCCUACUUCGAUUCGCCAGGGCACGCUUGGAAACGGUGUGUUGCCGACUUUGAAGCUCAAAAGUGAGAGACUUCUGUCUUCCUUGACGAAGCGUAGCUUCUAAAGACUCCGUCGUUGGUGAGGCCCUUAAAACUACCUAGGGACUGCAAAGAGAGCAGGCGCCUCCCCUUCAAGCUGCUUAGCUGCCUUGGCCGGGUAGAAUUCCCAUGUAAAAUGAGCUUCAUACUUAAAAAAUGCAGAUCGAUACCUCAGGAAUGUCGCCAUUUUAUAAUUAUCCAGAGACUAAAAGACACAUUGUCAAGGACAGUCCAAGAACAGACCCGCACUGAAGCUAUCGCUGAUGAUCUCAAGUCUACCAAUCAGUCUUUGACUACUAAAUUAAGUGCGGUGGAAAUUGCGCUAAAAUGUAAGUGCCCCUGCCGAUGUGGCGCCCGCAAAUCAGAGGCAGCAACCACUGAGGAGGACUCUCAAGAUAUAAAAGAACUCAAAAAUUCCCUCGGCAAACUUCAAGACGAAAGAGACCACCUAAAAACAAAUCUUGAAGAGCAGAUACAAAGAGCCCAGAAAAUGCAAAUAGAGCUAGAGGUCUCUGAGGAGCGGUUUGUAAGGACCAAGGCUUUUAGAAGCUUGAUAGCCCAGGCGAAGACCAUGAUAAAAAACCACGAUACCAUUAAGAAGAAAAAUGAAGAGCUUCAGAAAAUCAAUGACGAGUUCAAUGAAGCCAAAGAAAGGGAAAUCGCAGGAGUUAUCGCUGAAGAGGAAAAAAAAAUUCUAGCUCUCUAUGAAGAGAUAGGAGCCUUAAAAAGCAAAAACAUUAAUAUCGCAAAAGAAAGAGAUGAGGCUAGAUUUGAGUAUGAAGCGCUAAAAAGGGAUAAAAACACACAGAGGGACACAGAGCAUUUCCAGAAGCAUAUUGAAGAGCUAGAACAGCAGAAGCUGAAUUUGAAAAAGAAGAUUGCGGACUUAAAAAAAGACAAGCUGGAGCUGGAAAAUAAAAGUAUGGAAGACUUAAAGGUGAUUUAUGAGCUGAAGGACAAUCUUCACUUAAAAGAAAUUGAAAUCAGCAAUAUGAAGACAGUUCCAGAUGAAAACGUCGCAGGGGAAAACGAAAUUGAGCUUGAUGUCAGGCUUAAAGAACAAAGAAACCAAAUUUUGGAGCUAAAGCAGCACGCAAAAGCCAAAGACCACAUAAUCGCAAAACUUGAAGGACAGGUAAAGCACUUAAAGCAAGAGGUCAAAAAUGAAAGAAAAAACAACGAAAAUCUCAUAAACGAAAUCGAAGUGACAGGCAAUGCCUACGAAGAAACCAUGAAGAAAAAUAAAGUUCUUGUAAACCUUCUUGAUGAAAAAGAAAAAAAUCACAUCCAGCUCAUGAACGAAAGAGUCAAAGAAAGCAACUGGAAAACCUUGCGCGAAAAAGAAAAACUAGCCUACGAAGCAAUAAUCACAAACAAAGACGAAACUAUUGCCAAGCUUAAAGACGUAGUCAAAGAAGCAGAAAACAAGCUUAAAUUCCAAAGCGAUUUUACCGUGUGGCCGAAUAAAGACUACAUUGAUUUUUUUUCCGCCUGCUUUUUGGUAAAAUGCACCAUUAUGUUUAUUCGACGUUAUACUUUUUAAAUAUUAAAAACAAUUUUUUAAAAUUUUUAGUCACUUUCAACUGAAAAAGCAGAUGGAAAAAACAUCAAUGUAUUUUUUUCAGUCUCUCCUGAUUAUUUUACCUCAUCUUUGGAAAGCAAGCUUAAAACUUUUGAAGACCGACUGAGGCACUAUUACAACCAGAAUGAAGAAGUUUUGAGGAAAAAUGAAGAGCUAAUGAUAGCGAAAAAAGAAUGGCAUGAUAAGUUAUUGAAGACAGAAAAACUCAGCAUUAAAAGUGCGACUGAUGCAAUACAGUUUCAGCUUAUGUAUCAGCAAGCUGUCAAACAGAUGAAAAUCUAUGAGGAAAAAUGGUGCAAGGCAAAGGAGUAUGAGAAAUUUACGUCUGCGAAUGACAUUAUCAAUAAUGAGCUGACGAAGUAUAGAGUAAGAAAUAUUUAGAAUAUGGUGAGGUGUAGCAUUUGUUGCGCGAGACCCAAAGAUGCACUGAUCACGAAAUGUUUUCAUACAUUUUGCAGGAAGUGCCUUGAGGACAAUAUCGCCAAUAAGAAGAGAAAAUGUCCAACCUGCCUGGGAAAGUACACUUUGGAUGAUGUGAAGGGGAUUUUGUGGAAAUAA